CCCCAGGCACCGCCCCCCCCGCCCGGGCUCCCCCUCCCCCGCCCGGCUCGGGAGCGCGCAGGGCGGCGGGGAGCGCGCACGCCGGGGGGGGCCGGUCCGGAGGAGCCGCGGGACCCCCGGGCCACUGGCGCCAUCAUGUACCGCUCCAGCAGCGGCCGCUCCGGCCCUUCGUCCUCGUCCUCCUCCCACCGGCUGAAGGAGGGCGGCUCGUCGGCGUCCCGCGCCUCCCGCUUCAGCACAUCGGGGCCGGGGCCAGGCCACGGCCGGCCUCCCCCGCCGAUGCCCGCCGCCGCUUGCGCCGCCGCCUCGCCGCCGCGCUCCGCUUCGCCCCGUCCGCCGCCGCUUCGCCGCCACCGCUCCCCAUCGGGCCACCGCGGACCCUGCCGCCGGUCCCCGUCGCCGCACCGCAGCCGGAGGUUGCCAUCGCCGCCGGGAGGAGCGGGGCUCGGCGGGCCCCGGGGCCGCCGGAGCAGCGAGCACGGAGACGGCGGCAGCAGCCGGAGGCGUUCUCCGAGUCUCCGCUCUGAGUCUUCCCUGGAACACAGUUUGCGGAUUACUGUUGGUAAUGACCGGUAUUGCAUUGGCACGCCGGAGCGAAGGAGGCUGCCUGAUAGACUGGGCUCACCAAUUGAUAACCUGAGUGACAGGGAUGAUGUGGCUGAUGGUCCGAUAUUCACUAGAGGCCUCACGUGCCCUCGCGGCCUUGAGAGAUACCCAGCUCAUGAAGAUCAGCCUUCGAGUUCCUUCAUUCCGAGGCAUGAUGAGGACUACCGCAACCGAGACGUUUUCCUCCACCGCUCAGAUUACAGCCCACACUAUGGCCGUCGGGAGGAGCUGCCUCGUGGGUCUGACAGAGAUGGUGACAAACUGAGGAGAUCCCCCUACCCACUGAGGGCAGAGGAGAGGGGACGAGAAAUAAAGCGUCCACGGUAUGAAAAGGAUGAGAAGAUGCAUGGUGUGAGCGGAGAGCAUCAGGGCUUCUCGUCAGGAACACGAAACUACCGCAGGCGAAGCCGCAGCCGUAGUAGAAGCCUGAGCCCGUCGUACCUGAAUGAAGAAUUCCGAGAGCUUGACCGUGCAAGGAGGAAAAGAGAAGAGGAAGAACGCAGUAGAAACUUGAAUCAUGAUGUUUCAGGCACUGGCUACACGAUCCCUGGCUUGACUAACACAUUACAGACUUCUGAGCCUCGGUAUACGUAUAGGCCUGAAGAAAUCCCACCCAUGCCCAAAAAAUCUAUUUUGAAGAAACGAGUAGAGAUGGAAGUAGAGUCUGCUGUUCAGCCCGAGGGCUUUUCAAGCAGUCCAGCCCCCAGCAAGGAUCUUCCUCUUCUUUCUAGUCAGUCUGCUUUGCCCCAGAGCAACAACAUAGCUCCUUUUGCUUCUGAAGUGGAAAACUUUCUCAAACGGUUCAACAAAGGCUCUCUUGUUGAGGCUUCAGACAAGGAGUUGCAUGAAGGUUUGUGUGAGUGGAACCCACUCUCUGGGCCUCCCAAAGACACUUUGAUGUUUGAAGAGAAGUUUGGAAGCUUCUUAAGUCAAAAAGAAAAAGUAGAACCCAAGUCAGAGCCCACUGAUCGCCAUACUGACUUCCUGCUGCCUCAUGAGAGGGCCAGUCAGGAUGGCAGUGGUUUCUCCCGAAUUCUGGGCAUGAUGGCUGACUCUGUCAGUGCUCAGGAGAAGAGGAGGCGUAGCUUUCCUGACAUUGAGGACGAAGAGAAAUUUCUUUAUGGUGAUGAGGAUGAAGAGACCAAAAUUGAAUCUCUCCCCAUAGAGAAGCCCCCAGUGAGUUGUGGCAAUGAGAUAAUAAUACAGAAAAUGAGCCCACCUCCUUCUCCUGCUCCAGCUGUCAAGGUGGAUCCUCUAGAAGAGCCAAAUGCAGAGUAUGCAAAGAUCCAUGACUUACUUAAAACCAUUGGACUUGACAUUGGUGUUGCUGAGAUUGGAAAACUGGCUGUUCGUACCCAGGAACGCCUUCAUGGCAAAAAGCUGGCAUCUCGUUCUCCGGAUCGGCGCUCUUCAGAUGCUCGCAGACUGGACGCUUGGGAGCUGCGCCGCAGCCGCAGUGACACUCGUUCUCCUGAGUCAGGCCAGCAGCGCUCAGCGUCACCUCCGGGCUCUUUCCAGCACCCUAAAGAUGCGUCCUCUCUUCAGAAAUCAGACUAUACUAAGAGCCAGCCAGUGGGACAGGAGAUACCUCCACAUGCACCUGAACAGCCUCUUCCUUCUGUCUCUCUCAUUCCUUCAAUUCCACCAACUCCUGCUAGUUUGCCACCUACACCUACUUCUGUUUCCCAAUACCAAAUUCCCAGCUAUUCCCACUACACUGCUGCUCAAAUGCCCCAAAACUAUCCCCCUCCCACAAUGGCUCCUCCAGGAUAUGAUGCAUAUGGGCACUAUAUGGCAUAUGCAGCCCCUGGCUGGCCCAUGUACCCCCCUGCCCAGCAGCCUAAUCCUACGCUAUCAGAAGCUCAUGGUCUUCUUACUAUGGCCAUGUCAGCAAACCCCACGCGUCCCAAUCUCCGGGUGAUUGAGACAGUCUCUCUGGGAAAGGAUGUCCCUGAUGUAAAAAGAGAUGGUUCUGUGCUUGUUCAAGUCCCUACCACUCCUUCUCAUUCCAAAGCACCCCUUCGUCUGUCGUCACACCCUCUGAAAAAUACCACAGAAAGGAUGUCGGAUGAAAAAAAUCGGGCAGCUCAAAAGCAGAAGGUGAUAGAAGAGAGAGAAAAACUGAAGACUGAUCGAGAAGCACGGCAGAAGAAGCUAUACUAUCUCAAGACAGAAUUGGACAGGCUUCGUAAACAGCAAGGCGAGAUGUUGAGGAAAAAACGUCGUGAGAAGGACGGACACAAAGACCCCUUGUUGGUUGAAGUGAACAGACUACAAGAGAAUAUUAUGAAGGAGAUUGCAGAGCUGCAUAAAGAAUCUGAUGCAGCUGACAAGAAGCAGUCUGAGCUUGACAAAGUAGCACAAAUCCUGGGGAUUAACAUAUUUGAAAAACCCCGGAAACCAUCUGUGGAAACUAAAGAUUCCUCGGAAAAGAACAGCAAGUCAGAAAAUGCAAAAGCUGUAGAGAAAACAUCUUCCUCCAGCAAGGAAUCAAAAACUACUAAUGAAAAAUCGAGAGGUAGAAGCCCGAAGCCAGCAGAAUCCUCUUCACAGUCCUCCAAACAUCCUUUCCAGUUGGCCAAUAUUUAUGAAUAUUAUGAUGCAGGGAACCACUGGUGCAAAGACUGCAAUACCAUCUGCGGGACCAUGUUUGACUUUUUCACACACAUGCAUAAUAAGAAACACAGACAGACCCUGGAUCCUUACAACAGACCUUGGGCUUCGAAGACUCAGAGUGAGACCAAACAAGAGUCCAUAAAACGCAUUGAUAAGAUAACAGUUCCUGCCAAAGGCUCUGAGUUUCUGAUUCCCAUCACUGGAUAUUAUUGCCAGCUCUGUCAUGAAUUUUUUGGAGAUCAGAUCUCAGCAGAGCAGCAUGUGAAAAGUCAUCCCCACAAUGAGAAGUAUAAGAAAUACAUAGAUGAAAACCCACUCUAUGAAGAGAGGAGAAACCUAGACCGUCAAGCUGGAUUGGCUGUAGUUCUGGAAACAGAGCGCAGGCGGCAAAAUGAGCUGAAACGGAAAAUGGUUGAGAAACAGAAGGAAGAGAAGGAGAAGGAUGAGAAAACCCCAAAAAUAAUAAAGAAGGAGGAAGUAAAGAGCAUCUCAGAGUCUGGAGAAGGGAACAAUGAAACUCAAGGCAAAACAGAUUCUUCUGGGCGAAAAAUGGGUAUCACGGUAAAGCUAAAGAAGGAGGAGAAGACAGAGGAGAAGAAAGAAGAAAAGAAAGAGGAAUCUAAAAAAGAAUCACCAAGCCAGACCUCCUUUGGGAAAUUCAGCUGGAAAAAGACUGAGAGAGAGGAUAAAACCUCAGGAGCUAUUGCAAAGGAAGAGAAUACAGAAGGAAACAAAGAGGAGAUCAAGUGUCAGUCUGUGAAAUCCCAUAUCAAGCCUAUUGAAAUCAAGCUGUCUGGGAAAACUGUUAUUCCACACACUAGCCCAUGGAUACCAGUUGUUUCCACAUCAACACCAACAAAAAUUCUCCCCAAUCUACCAGUCCCCACCAUGAUUUUCAGGAAGUCUAAUACUGCAACAGUUAGUAAACCACCACCUUUGAACACCUUUUUAUCCAUAAAAUCCUCUGGAACUACCACCAAACCACUGCCAGUGGUAAAAGAAACAAAUGCAGAUCUUCUGCUGCCUCCAGAUAUAAUAUCAAAAGCUUUUGGAGGAGAAGAAGUAAUCUUAAAAGGCUCAGAGGAGGAUUUGAAAGCAACAGAGAAAAAUGAGUCUUCUCAGACUGCAGACAGACUACCUCCACCUCGUCCUCCAGCAGCAGUCCAGCCAGCAGCUCUCAUCCCCGCAGAUGAAGUAGCUCCAGGUGUGUCUGAAAGUGAACAGACAAUGUUGGCAAUGCCUGUGAGACCACCCCCACCUUCAACUGCUUUCAGUGAACAAGCAAAAAAGAUAGAGAAACGAAAUUCUUGCUUGGCCACAGCCAAUGCUAAAGAUCUCUAUGAUAUUUUCUACAGUAGUGGUGGAAAGGGUUCAGCUGACAGCAAGCUUGCAAGUUCUGCGCUUCCAAAUGGAGAAAACCCUAACAUAACAAAACCUGCAGAUUUAUCUGCAAAUCACAGAACAAAUAGUAGCUCAUCCUCAUUGAAAGAGGAUUCGGAGACUCUGGAUUCCUCACAGUGUAAUAAUCAAGUGACAGGGAGUUUGAUUCCUGUUGAAAAUCAGGCUGAAAUGAACAAGAAAUCACUUCAGCCUCACCUAUCAGAAAUGUCAGUCACAGAAUUACAAGGAAAAAAACCUGUUUCUGGUAUCCAGAUGCCUGCAGAAAUUGGACUUGUUGAUACAGGAGGUGGAGAGCAGGCAGGCAGUCUGGAAUUCUGUGGUCUACAGAAAACUGAGGUCCAAGAGAAGGUUGGACAGGAAGAUGGAAAUAAAACUCCAGUUACAAACACAAAUGUUCCUGGGACCUUGGAGACAGAGACAAAAGACUGGGAAAUAAAAGCAGUAAAGCCUAAGCGUACCCUACACGCAAAGGCUUUGUUACCUGAGACUCUGAACGAAAUUAAAAGUUUGGGAAAUUCCCAUUUGGUAAAGUUAAAUGAUAACUGUAGAACUCACUCAGAAACUGAUAGUCCAGACUUGCUCUGGGACACUUCCAGAACUAGUAAUGGAAAAGAACAGAUAGUCACAACUUGUUCUGAAAAAGGUUGGGAUCUAUCAAAUACUCCAAAUCCAGAAAUAAAAUCUGGUUCCAAUGAGGUUGAUGCUUCAGAACUGACAGAGGGACAGACAGAAACUAAAAGUACCCUAUUAGAAGCUCAAGAAAAAGUUCAACCUAAACCUUCAGGCCAUACAGUGUUAGAUAACCAAACCCAGAAGCAGGGAGUUGAACGGUUAGUCAAAACUUGCUCAAACAUUGUUGAACUCAGAUCCAAUCUAGAAUUAGUAGCUGAAAAUGAAAAAAAGUCAUUAGGACACACUGGAUCUGAUGCAAGAUUAGAUAAUUUUCUUUUCAAGAGACCAUCAGAGGAUGUGAAACACAUGAAGACUCCCUCCCAGAAAGCAGAGCUUGAGUUGAAAAGCACUGAUUUCAAUUUGGGAGACAAUAAGGUAAAACAUGAAUGUUUCAGCAUCCUUUCAGAAGGACUUUUAAAGGAAAAUACAGAAGAAGUCACAAAAACAGAAACUAUUGCAUCCAUUAGGCUAGAGUCCAGUAAAAAAAAACUGGACAUUGAAAGAACAGUGAAUGAAACAGAGAUUACUGAUUUUGCUACAUUGACUUCUGGUAGUUGUGAAGAUAAAAUUUGCACACGGAUUUCUCAGAAACCUAUGCUGCAGCCUGGAUCACAGACCUCAAAUAGUGACACUACAGAAGUGGUCAUGCCAGUUGUAGAAAUGCAGGGCAUUUCUCCCACGUCUGAGAUACUUGUGCAAGUGAAGGAGAGCAAAGGUGGCACUGUUGAAAGGCUGCCACUGAGUUGUGAUAGAGGCAGCACAGAAAGUCAGGCUUCUGGGUGCGUGGAAACUUUAAUGCCUGGGCUCAAAGAAACACAUGGGAAGGCAGGUGGCUCAGGAGGCAAGGGAAUGUGCACCAUCCAGAGCAAGAAGACUGAGCUAACAGAAGCUCCUGACAGUAGUUUGGAAUCUACAAUGAAAUCAGGAAUUGCUGAAAGCAUAGCAGAAAGCCCAGUGGGUUGAAGUAAACCCAGCCAGUCCCAAUAUUUGAGGAGCCAGAGCUGGGAUUAUGUAUAUGGUUUUUGUUUGUUUUUCUUUUUGUUCCAGCUGAGAGUUUGGGGUGUAUUUUGCAUUCUGUGGUAGGACUUGACUAAAGUGAAACGUAAAUCAUCAGAAGGCAGUCACAUACUUUAUUCUGUACAUAAUUAAUUGUGUAAAAUGUUUUUUCAUGUGAAUUUUGUUGCCAAUUUCUUUUCUACACUCUGCUAUUAAAAUGGAAUCUUGUUUAUAAUGCGUGCGUCUUCUUUAUUUUGGGGGCUUUUAUUAUUUGACCAUUCCUGGUCAAAGAUUUCCAGCUCACCCAGUUUGUGUCAGUAGCACCGUGAGUAGCCCAGCUGCUGAGACAAGCUCAAGAACAGCAAUUUAGAACUGAGGAAAUGGAGACUUGCAGAAGAACUAAAACUGAAAAUUUCUUUGAACUGUAAUGCAUGGAUUUGUUUACUUUUGUUGUUUGAAAUGCAAGAAUGUGUUCAGAGUUGAUUUUGUUUGUUUAUCUGUCUCUGUGCUUUGUAAUUACUGUUGUAUUACAUCUGUACUUAAGGUGUUUCACUGUAUUGUAUAAGCACAUGUAUGGAUGCCACAUCACUAAGCAAGGGGAGAAAAUCUGUCCCGACUGGCUUUUGGAGAAGAAAACUAAUCGGUAAGGCUCUGUGGCCUGACACCUGGACCAGAUAUAUUGAGGUCACUUACAUGAUUUGAAAUGGGCUUUCUUUCAUUUUAUUGUGAUCCAGUAACUAUUUGUGUUAAAUCAUUUAGCAGCUGACCAGCUCUGAAGAAGUAGAAGAUCAGAACCCUGGUGUCAGGAAUUGGACUCGCUUCAUGUGACACAGACACAUGCAUGCCUACCCUGAAUGGUCCUUGAGCUAUUGAAUGUGAUGGUUCUCAUUUGUAUAGCUUGUUAAAGACUAAAGUAUUAAAUGUGUUUCCUUGGAUAAAUAUAACAUUUUUAUUUGUAAAUUGUUUAAAAAAAUAAACAUAUGGAGGUCAACAAG